AUGCUGAAAGAGAACCCCGAAGAUAAUUCACACUUAAUUAACACUCUGUUCAAAAGGCAUGACGCAGAUGGACCAAAUGAUUCCAAAACUUCAGUUUUUUCGAGCAAUCAAAAACUACUACAGACUAAAAAAGAACGUCGACAUAUAGCUUUUCUAAAGGUUCACAAAGCUGCAAGUUCAACGGCUCAAAAUAUCUUUCUGCGGUUUGCCUUGAAGCGAGAUCUACUAGUUGUGUUGCCGUUUGUACCGAAAUUCCUGUAUCCAAAUGUCAUAAGUUCUUGGGAAACGGUUACGGAUAAAAAUAUUCUUCCUGUCCCUAGGGGUAGGGUUUACGAGAUACUAUGCUGUCAUGCUGUAUACAACAAAGAUGCCUUUGAACGUAUCAUGCCUGCCGACACAAUUAAUAUAGGUAUUGUACGUGAACCUUUUGAACACUUCAAAUCUACUUUGAAUUAUAUCAAACCCAGAGAGGUAUUUAAUCUUAAUAUAUCAGAUCCUGUGUCAUUGUUCCUUCAAAAAUCAACAACCUACCAAAGUAGAACUAAAAUGGGUUUUGUAAAUAACAGAAUGGCUUUUGAAUUCAACUUUCCAGCAGACAUUUUUAAAACUCGGGACAAAACAGGUAUCGAAACAUACCUUCAAAAGUUGGACAGAGAAUUUCAGCUCGUUAUAAUUGUGGAAAUGUUCGACGAGUCCUUAAUUCUUAUGCGUAGACUUCUUAACUGGGGAAUUAAGGAUAUCUUAUACAUAAAGCUCAACGCUAAAAAGAAACUGUUCGAAAGAAUAACUUUCAAGCCUGGGGAUGUCCUGUUAUACAAAAAAUGGGCAGAGCUUGAUUAUGCAUUAUACCACUUCUUUUUCCGGCGACUUCAAGUCCAAAUCCACGCACAAGGAGGAACGUUUUACGAGGAAUUGCUAUAUUACAGAAGUCUACGUCAGGAUAUAGAGAUUUUCUGUGAAAAGAAACCGAUACCAAAUGUAACGUAUCAUGUCUCUAACUCACGUUGGAGUGACGCUUUUGAAGUUGCUAAAGAAGAUUGUGCCUAUAUGGAAAAAAAGGAGAUACCGUUUAUUAAAGAAAUAAGAAUGCAGCAGUAUGGAUUCUACAACGACACUAUUUGA